GCAGCACGAGGUUUCGCAGCGGCUAGCCGAACAGCAGAGAUGAGCAGCAGAAGCCGCAGGUCCUGCACAAAGAAACGGAAAGGUCGGUUCUCCAAAGGGACCGUACAGAAGCCUACAUGGACAAAAGACGAGGAGGAGAAGCUGCACAGACUGGUGAAGGAGUUUGGAACCGACAGCUGGCCUUCAGUGUCUCUGCAUGUUAAAAGGUCAGAGGGGGAGUGUCAGCGGCGGUGGCAGCAGAUAAAGAACCCUGAGCUGGUGAAAGGGCCGUGGACUCAGGCGGAGGACGACAGGGUCAUCGAUCUGGUGCAGAAUUACGGCGUGAAGCGCUGGUCACUCAUCGCCAAACACCUGCUGAGUCGUAAUGGGAAGCAGUGCCGCGAGCGCUGGCACAACCACCUGAACCCUGCGGUGAAGAAGAGCGGCUGGACGCUGCCGGAGGAUCGCAUCAUCUGCCAGGCGCACAGCAUGCUGGGAAACCGCUGGGCUGACAUGUCCAAGCUCAUGCCCGGCAGGACAGAUAACUCCAUCAAAAACCACUGGAACUCCACCCUGAAGAGGAAGGUGGAGAAGGAGGGCUAUCUUCAGGUCCUGCUCCUCCACACCUCCUGCAACACCUCCUCCUCCAGCAGCUCCGCCUCCAGGCCCCCCCGCAUAGCCAGCAUCCCCACCAAGGCGGACAGCGUUUCCACCAGAAAGGAUGAGUCCGAUCAGAGCCUAUGCUCCGGCGGCCUCCCCCACUCCUCCUCAGGUUACUCCUCCUCACUGAGCAUGUGCGAACUGACGGCGCCGGCGGAGCUGAUGGAGGCGAGUGCAGAGACGUGGAGUUGUGGACAGGAAGUGAGCUCCCUGCUGGCCGGGCUGUAUCGAGAGGACAGACGCCCAUCAGUCAUGGACCUGAGCCGCAGCUACGUGUCUGGGCUUAGGGAGCAGCUGGGCAGCAGCCAGGACGCAGCCUGCUUCAUGGAUGCCACCUCCUCCUGGAGCAGAGGCAGCAUGGGGGGGGCUCUGACCUUCUCCCCCUCUGAGCUCUUCAGCCUGUGUGGUGUGGACGAUCUGAAGUCACAGCGUCCGGUUCUCACCUCCACCCCCGUCUGUGCUCGCAAGCAGCCCAGCAGCCCCCCCCAGCAGGACGGCUGCCCGACCUCCAUCCACAGCAGCCAGACUCCGGCAGAGACCAGAGACAGGAUCAGAGCGCUGUGGAUGUCGGCUCCUCAAACACCGACGCCGCUGAAGAUAUGCAGGAAGAGUCCGGAUCAGGUGUCGCUCUGUCCCAGCAGAGGGACCAAUCCCAGCUGGGAGGAGAGGAGUGCUGAUCCUGACAGCCAGCAGUCCAGCAGCAGCUCUGAGGUCCAGGGAGAGAGUCUGCUGAGCUCCAUCUUGCAGGUCCAGAGAGGGUCCAGCUCCACCCCAGAGGUCCACAGAGGGUCCAGCUCCACCCCAGAGGUCCACAGAGGGUCCAGCUCCACCCCAGAGGUCCACAGAGGGUCCAGCUCCGCCCCAGCAGUCCAGAGAGGGUCCUGCUCUACCUCAGAGGUCCAGAGAGAGUCCAGCUCCACCCCAGAGCUCCAGAGAGGGUUCAGUUCUGUCCCUGGCUGUGAGGGGUUUGGCUGUCUCCCAUUGGAUGGACAGAUGGGGGUGUGGUGGUGCCAGCAGUCUGUGGGUUACCUGCACUCUCCAGAGUGUCCCUCAUACAGACAGAACCCCUUUGAGCUGAGCAGCGAGCUGCAGCUGGUGAUGUUCGGGAAGACCGAGGAUCAGCUGACUCUGACGGAGCAAGCCAGACUCUACUCUGAGCCCUGAGCCUGAGCCCCCCCAACAGGAGCUAAACCCCUUCCUGUGGAGGGAGCCGAGCAGUGCUGCCUUCAGGGUCCAACCCAGAGGCAGGACAUCCUGCCGCUGUUGGGAAGUGUUCCUCUCAGCAGGUGGUCUCGGGCUGAGACUCAGCUCCAGACUCUGUUCUGCUGAGUCAACCUGCCAAUCAUGAGUCAGCAUUUCAAUCCCUCACUGCAGUCUCCAUCAGAUCAGAUGUUUUAUUGAUUUAUUAGCAGUUCAUAUUUUAAUUCAAUUAUUUCAAUUUUUUAUUUACCUUUUAUUGGAGUUGGAUUUUAACUGAAAACCGGAACAUAUUUUUACCUUUUUAAACAAACUUUUUAACUUUUCCUGCUGGUUUCUCU